AUGGCAGAAGUAGCAACUCUGGAAGACAGGUGGCAAGAAGCCUUCACCUGGCAGUUGCGGGUGGACAAGAUGGAGGAAAGAGCUGCCCGUCUAGAGAUAGAGUUGGAAAUGAUGAGAUCACACAAGGAGCAAGCAGAAGCAAAAGUGGCUGCUUUAGAGCUGCGAGCACAACCCGGGAAGAAAGAAGGCGGAUCUAAGGAGAUAAAGCGCCUGAUUGCAGCAGAGGCGGAGAAGACGCGAGCGCUGGAACAGCUCAUGGCAGAGGAGGCCAAAAAGAGCAGACAGCAAGAGGAGAGGUUGCAAGAGAUGCAGAAGGAGAUAGCUGAAUGGAGGAGGAAGUCUCCUGAGCCCAGUAUGGACCAAACGGGAGAACAAAAGGAGGUAAUACAAAAGCUGGAGAUAUUGAAGAGCCUCAUAGAAGCCCUCCAGAAAGAAAUCCAUAGCCAAGUGGAACAGAUAGAAGGCCUGCAUGAGGACCUGGAGAACUGGCAAGAGCGGUGUGGCCAGCUUGAACACCUGGUUGGAGAGCUGAGGAAAAAGCUUACUGAGAGCCAUACCCAGGCAGAAGAGACCAGGAAAGUGAUAACAAAAGAAAUGGAGAAAGUGAAAGAAUAUAUGGCAAAUCAUGAGGCAUUCCAGGAGCAGAAGCAGUCCCUCAAAACAGAGCUAAGAGACAGAACGAAGGAGUGCGUAGAGUUGCGGGCUCAGUGGCAAAAGGUGGAAAAAGAAAAGGACCACCCGGGGAAAGAGAUGCAGUCCCUGAGGACCCUUUUAGAAGAGAGCACAGCCAGGGAGAUGACAUUACGAGCAGAAAUCAAGCAGCAACUGCUACAGGUUGCUCAAAUACAGAGAGAGAAACUGACCGCAAUAGGCCUGCAAUUGGAGGAACAUGCAUCCAGGGCUAACAUGGAGUACCAGUAG